AUGACCAGCAUUUCUGUUCCCGAACAAGAACCGUUGCCACAAGAUUCAACUAGUUCUUCAAAUGAUACAUCAUCUCGUCGAACAGAUUCAAAUUCAUCAGAUAUUCGUUCACGCUAUUGGACAUUUUUAUUCGAUAAUCUAAAACGUUCUAUCGACCAAAUCUAUCAAACGUGUGAAUCUGAUCAAAAUCUAUUGCAAUGCCAAGAAGUUAUACAAUUUCUUUGCCAAUAUUGUAAAAAUUUUGAAAUUCUUAUAAAAACCUGUCAGCAUAAACAACAACCGAAUUCUAUUACUGAACCAAAAAGAGACUAUCUUAGCACUUCAUUGAUUGAAUUACCAAUACGAUCAGAAAGAUCAUGUUUCAGAACAUUUGAACAUUCUCAAUCAAUUUGUGAUGGUGAAUUGUUUCAUUCUGAUAAUUUUUUACGUCGACAAAAAUCUUUACAUAACAGUGAUAUACAUUUAAAUAUAAUUAAUUCAACUCCUCAUCGUUAUUCAAAUGAUUCAGCAAAAUCGAAACGUCAAAAAGCAAAUAAAUAUCGUAUAAUAGCAGAAAGUUCAAGUUUACUUUCAUUACCAUCAUUAUUUUCACCAUCAACAUUAACUAAUGAAUCCUCAAUGACAUUAGUUGCAAGUACCAAUCAAUCAUUAUCAUCGACGAAAAGAAUGUCUACUGAUGAGACAGUUGAAGAUGCGGAUGAUGAAAAAGAUAUUCGUGAUGAUGUUAUAAAUGCAAAUCGACAUUAUCGAUAUUAUCGACAGUUAUCUAUAGCAUCGAAUCAUCGAAUUAAACAACAAGUAUUAACUUCGGAAGAAGAUGAUGAAGAUACAUUAUUGAGGAAUCAUCGCGGCAUGGUAGAUUUUAUGGAUCGACAAAUAUUCGAUGUCUUUGAUCAAGAAGAAUCAUUAACGGCGGCGUUAGAAGCAGAACAAGAACGAGCCAUUGCUUCAUUAAUGGCCGAACAGGAAGAUCUUGAACAACAAUUAAAUAAUGUCAGUGAUGAUGAUCUUUUACUAGGUGUGGAUGAUGGUUCAGAAUUAGAAGAAAGUGAACUAUCGACAACAAAAACUUCCAGCUAUUUUAUGUCAUUACCUGGUGAUCAAGAUGACAAAGAUUUAAGUCUCAUUGAUCUUUCACGUGAUGAUAAUGAUUCGGACCCUGAUGGAAGAUCUCGAACAAAACAUCAACGUCUGCAUGAAAAAUUAUCAACACCUUCGCGUAUUCGACCAUUGAGUGAAAGUCUUCGCGAAGCAGCUGAACGUCAAGCACGAGCAUCAAGAAAACGAGAAACAUUGCGCGAUGAAAAAGCUCGAAAAUUACGUGAACUAACGCAACGAGUCAAUGAAGUUCGUCAAUGGAAAGAAGAAUUAAUAAAAGCACGUAAAACUACAAUUGAAAUAAAAAUGCAACGUGCCGAAGAAAAACGUCAGUAUUUAUUAUUAUUAAAAGCUAAAAAAGCUGGCGAUGAAGAUUUGAAAGGUCAAGAAAUAGCAUUUAUUAAAUGUUUACAGCAAGAAAAUCGUCGACAAACAUUAAAAGAGCGUUAUCAAAAGGAAGAACAAUACAAACAAUAUCUAGAAGAAGAGCGUGUUAGAAAACAUGAUGAACAUAAACAAAAAGAAUUAGCAGCAGAAAAUCGAAGAAAAGAAUUAGAAGCUAUAAGACAAACACGUCUCAAUGAAAUGCAAGAAAAAUGGAAAACUAAAGAACGCAUGAUUGAACAACAUUUAAGUGAAAAACGAAAACAAAAGCAAACAGCAGCUAUUGCAAAACAAAAAAGUUUUCAAAAGAAACGUGCAGAACGUGUCGAAUAUCUCGAAACAUCAACUGUCGAAUUGAAGAAAAAAUUAGCACUAAAACAAGAAGAAAGUGCACGACGACAUAUAACUCAGCUCGAAGAAAUCCGUCGAAAAGCUGUGGAAAUGAGUACUUUACGGGGUCCCAGCGCUGAAGAUCAAUAUCAUCAUGUAUCUCCCGUAGGUGAUGAAACUAAAACAUCAACAUCGACAACAAAUAUACCGAUGGACGAUGAUCCUGUUGCAACUCGUAAAUGUUGUACAUUAUGUAAUCUAUUGUUAGCGUCUGAUUUUCAUUUACAAACACAUUUACGUGGUACUCGUCAUAAUCAAUUAUUAAUCGAACGAUUCAAUCAAAAGAAUGAAAAUGGUGUCAAAAAACAGCCGACCCAAGAAGAACUUAAUAUAUUUAAUAUAGAAUGUAUAGUCGUUGUUACAAGUGAUGACAUUGUCAGGCAGGAAAUGGCUUAUAAUCGAGAAAGAAAACAUACAAUGAAAAAACGAUCGAAAAAAUUACGUCUUCGUAUGAAUCAACGUGCUAACACAUAUGAAACUGAAAAUGCUCAACGACCUUAUUUAACAUCAACACAUAAAGCACGUAUUCAACGAUUUUUAAAUGAAUUAGAAAAAUCUCUAAGUACAACCGUAAGAAAAGAACCACUUAAUACAACAAAUUACUUAGCAUGCCAACGUAUUCUUACUGAAUUUGUUAAAAUUUUUGACACACAUGGUUAUGAAAAAGAUUCACCACUGGAACAACGUGUUUUCUUCAGUUUGAAUGGUUAUUCAACAUUGAACAAAAUGAUCGAAUUAAGGGCAGAAUGUAAUAAACCAGCACUUGCACCUGAAAGUCUAAUUGCACUUACUGUGUCCGUGUAUCGAGCAGCAACAUAUAACAACCUUGAUAAUGCAGUUUACCUGCUUAAUAGUGGUAAAAUUUUAACACUUGUAGAAAGUUUUGUUCGACAUAUGAAUGGUUUAAAAAGUGAUGUUCUACUAAUCAAUAACGAUCAAAGUGAAAGUGAAAAAUUAGCUCAAAUUGAUUUAGUGACCAAUUUAGCUAAAACACUCACUGAUUUAUUUUUAAUGUAUAAUUCAACAGUAAAAGAAAUACGAAUUCGUGAUAAUGAAACUACAGAAGAUAAAUUAACAAUGAGUCGCUUAACAGAUUUAAUUAGUUAUAUGGCAAAUACCGGCGUUCUUGAUCGAAUAGCAUCCUUUUUUCGUACAGCACGUGCACUUGUUAAUACAACAAAAUCAUGUAUACCAGAUAUGAUUCUUCAUUGUUUGAAUCUUCUACAACAAAUGAUUGAUUUUUCUAAACCAAAAUCAUAUGUGCCUCUAUUUGAUCAAUCAUCAAAAAAAUCUAUCAAUGAUCCGGCACAAGUGUUAAAUAUAAUGAAAUCAACAAAUUUUUGUGAGAUUCUUUCAUUACUCUAUGGUAUUCUUAUACAUGAAACUGAUCCUAACAAUCAAACUAUUACGGAAAAUAAUAAUAAUAAUAAUAAUAAUAAUAAUAAUAAUAACAAUAAUAACAACAACACCAACAACAACAAUACUCAUAAUAAUACACUCACUUUACAUGAAAAAACAAUUACUAUUGUUAUUAAUUCAAUGAUAUUAUUGAAUACAAUCGCUACAUUAGAUCUUGACACAUUUCAAGCCAUACUUGGUGAAGAAACAAUUUCUCUACAACUCCGCCAUGUAGCUAAUUAUAUUCUUGCUUAUUGUAAUCAUAAACAAACCACGAAUAAUGACAGUCUUUUACAUGAAAUUAUUCUGUUGGUUGGUUACUAUUGUGUGUUAAAUCAAGAUAAUCAAUGUCGUCUGGCAUUUGGUAAUCGACCUACUGUACUGCAACAAUUAUCUUGUUUACCAUUUCGUUAUUUUGUUGAGUCAAAAUAUAUGGAUAUACUUUUUCCAACAUUGAUUUCUUGUUCAUUUGAUUGUGAUACAACACGAGCAAUACUUCAAACUGAAAUGUCACUUGAUCUUAUAGCAAAUUUUAUUGAAACAAAAUUAACUGAAAAAAAAGCGACCAAUGACGAUGAUAAUAAAUUCGAUAUUUCAGCAUUUAAUAUGCGAUUUCCAUUUGAAGAAUGGAAUAAUGCAUUACAGUACUAUCGACCAAUAUCAAAACGAAUCGAAAAAAAUUAUAAUGAUGAAGAAAAAGAAAAUGAAUCUCAUCGUAUUGAUUUUGACACUAAAUCUUAA